AUGUUGCAACAAGCCUUUCGAUCGUUCAUGUCAUCAUCCUCGGAUGGAGACCACCACCGAUCGGAUUGGAACAGCCACGAUGAGAACAACUCAUCUCGGAAUCUAUUCGUUCCAUCAUGGAUGAAAGAAUGGAUGAAAGUGAUGAACAACUCAAAGAAUCAUUCAUUGAAAUCAAUGUUUGAGAAGGGACAAUAUGGAACCAUUUUGGAGCGCAUUGAUGAGUUUGAAAAAGCAAAAUCGUUCCGAACCGAGAAAGACAAUUCUUCGAGGUCUCAUGAUCAUAACGGAGAAUUAGUAGAAUUAAGAAACGAUAUAUGUUAUUUAUCCUUCAUGAUUGAUAAAGUCACUUGCUCCAUCUUGAACAACAACCCUUCACUCCGCGUAUUGAAUGACGAGGGCUCAGGAAAAACAUCAUCCAGUGAUGCACUCGAAGGCUAUAUUUCUCAUCUUCAUCGAGUUUUGGAUGCUCUUUCCAGGAAGGAUACGCUUUCUCAUCAUGAUAUGGUGUUUUUAAUUUUUGGAUUGAAGGCCUAUGUCAUCGGUGUGUACAAUAAUCUUGUAUUGAAUCAUCAAUCUCCAGCACAUGAAAUGACAAUCAAAGACAUCAUUUAUUCAUUGAAUAAUUCAUUGCAAUUUUGUUUAAAUAUUGUGCUGAAGAAAUUUGUGAGAAAAGAGUUGAAAGAUUUUGAUUACUUUGACUCAUUGCAGGACGCUAUCGAACAAAACUUUUCUGGAUACUUGUUUGAAGACCAAGAACAAUUGGCACCCAGAACAAAAAAGAGGAAAAAAUCUUCAUCUAUUAAUUUGCCAAUGAUUGAUUACUCUAAAACUUUAUUAGAUUAUUUGGAUUUUGCAGAUACUCAAUUAAUUUAUCCAUUUCUGAAUUUGCAUGUACAUAUAUUCAAAGCUUUUAAUUAUCUCAACUCUUUACUUUUGGAGAAAAGAAAAUAUUCCAAGAUUUUAAGGACCUCAUACAUAUCGACAACCAACAAGGGAGUGGUAUCCACUGUACUGAAAAAGCUCACCAAUUUAUGUGUACUCAACAGUUGUACCAACUUGGAAAUGGCCAUUUUGGAAUGUGAAAGAACAAAUAAUAUUCAUAUUGUUCUAGCAUUAAUUGAGGAGCGAAAAUUUGAAGAAGCAAAAUUUCUUUGUAAUUGCAUGACUGAUUACAUUCCAUCUCUUUUCCUUUUAGGAAUUAUUUUCUUGGAAGAAGAUAAUGUCAAGACCUCUAAAGAAUAUUUUUUACAAGUCACACAGCUUGCUCAAUCACAAGACAGACAUGAACACACCUAUCUUAUUCAUAGUUGUAAAUUAAUCUCUCUACUUUGUAUUAAGGAAUGGAAUUUGGUCGAUGGUUUAAUUUGGUUCCAAAAGGCCUGUGAUCUCGAAAAAACAGAAAACGUUCAAUCCAAAGUAGAAUCGAUGUACAAUAUUUGCAAAAUUAAGGAAUGGGUUGGAGAAUUGUAUUCCAAACGAAAAAUACUCAAAGACAUUUAUCAAAUUUUGACAAAAAACCACUCUAGUCUCUCUCCCUCUGAAAAGGAACACAUUUCUAUUAAUCCAAUACUCAUUCUUUAUCAAAUUGGACUCUGCGUGCUGAAGGAGGAAAACUUUCAAAAUGCAUGCCAAUGUUUUGAAUACAUUCUUACAAACCUUCUCUCAGUCAGUGACAAUGAAAAGUGUUGGGGAAGAUUGAAUCAAAAUCCAGAAAAGACCCAUCCAGAUGAGCUCGUUUCUCCUCUCAUAUUACUUCGAGUUUAUAUUUAUUGCUUACUUCAGACCUAUAAUUUCGAGAAGGCACUUGCAUUGUGUGACUUUGUGUUGAAGAAGCUAGGAAGUGAUUCACCAGAUAUUUGGCCUUUCAAAUUGUACAAAUGUGAUGCGUUGAUGGCUCUUGAACGACCACUCAGUGAGUGUGAGUUGGUACUUGACUCUGUUUUGCAAGGAAAAGACAAUAGUAGCCUUUCUAGAAUUGUAAAAUCCAUCAUUUACAACAACAAGGCCCUCAUUCUUAUUUGUAGACAUCAAGAAAGUGACGCCAUGAAAUUGUUAAAGAAAAGUCUAGCAUUACUUCCAGAGAAAGCGUUCAACGAUGACAACUUUAAAAAGAUCAUGUACGAUCUACAAGCAAGCAUUACCUUUAACAUCACAACUACAUGCUUGGCAUUGAAUCAAUUAGAAGAUGCUGCUAAAUGGUGGUUUUCAUUUAGAAAGAUCCCUUUCUCAACACAUGUCACUUCCGAGCAAUAUUCUCAACUCUUUACUGAAUUAGAACAAAAACAAACCAUGAAAUCCAUUAAGGGAGAUGUUGGCAGCACCACACACAUUGACGAUCUUGAUGAUUCAACCUUCAUGUUACUCUCUCAUGUGACAGGAAAAUGUACAAGACAACAACAAAUUGCUCUUGACUUGUUAAUGCUCAAGUUGUAUAGCAAGCAUUUGGAAAAGAUGGAAGACGUGUGA